ACUUGCAGAUUCGUUCGUUCGCAGGACUUUUACAAUUUUUGCCUCGUCGAUCAACCCGAAAGUCGUGGUCAGGGUUACCUCUCGUCGGCGCCUCACCCAUCGUCAUACGAGCGAGCACAUAACUGGAUGACGGAGAAAGAGGAACGAACACUUGAUUGGUAUAACCGCUUGCCAACGUAGUUCCUAAAUUUGGAGAGGCAAAAAAGGAAGGAACAGAAAAAAGUCAGUCGCUGUGUCUUUCAUCAACGUUGCUGCCAGGUCCGCUCACCUUUCUCUCUCUUUCUCUCCACACACACACACAGUCUAUCUCUCUCCCUCUUACGCUCUUUUCUCCUUCCGUGGUUGUUUUUGCUGGGGUUUGGUGCCUUGUUCCAAGCUGUACUAAGGUACCUACCCACCUACUUAGGGUUGUGUCUCUCACUCUUUCUCUUCGCCGACCACGACCUCGCCGGGUCCCGAUAUUACCACUAGAUAGUUAGGUACUUUGGGCUCGAGAUCUUCACCAGUCCGGCAACACCCACAACCAUACGUCGUUUGAGCAUCGUCACAUACCGGAAAUCUAAGCCUCAGCCAACCCAGCUCGCCCUGGAUGCGUCUGCACAUCACGCAUCGCACCGCAUCACAUCGCAUCGUGGCAAACUCGAAACCGCAAAACUCAGGCUACAUCUUCCUUUACAUUUGUCGGGACUUCUUCUCGCCCUCUUCGUAAAAGUUGGGUAGUAAUCAGCCCGCGGGAUAGGAAGACCUGGAGGGGGAAACGGGAAGUCGAUCCAGUUUUGACGCCAGUCAAUCUCAAAAGUUUCCCAACUCUGGUACGCCAUCCUGGCCAGUGCCGCACUCACAGCUGGCCUGGACUGGCGUGACUCGUCUCUAUUGGACCGUCCCUGACCUGCCCUUGUGCUGUAUCCGGAUUGGUUAUAUCCACGCUUCACUGCACCUAGCACAACAUCGGCGGCAGGCACGAUCUAUUGCAUUCCACAAGUAGCACUUGCUGAACCUUCCGUCAAGAUAUCUCUUGGGCGCCUUGAGACGCGUUGCGCCCUAAUCGUCCGCCCCAUCCGAAGACCAGGUCGGACCAAUACAAAUCAUCGAUACAUCGUUAACCGCCAGUCGAAAUCAACUUCAGCCCUGUUGACAGGUCACCGGUAUCUGGGCGUCAGCCCACAGAACCUCCUUCCUCAAGCCUCCUCAGCAUCUUCAGUUUCUCUAGGCACUCUCCGCGCCCAUUGCAUUCGUUCGUCAGUCCGUCUGCUGUAUGGCACCAGAGUACCUGGCCUUUCAUCACCAAGCUGGUUGAGAGCCUCGGAAGCCGUCGAUCCAGCACUGCCUUUGCUGCUCUUUGCAAAAGUCGAUCUCGACCAUGUCGUACCAGUACCCUCCGCCCCUGCCUUCUUCUGGCCCUGAGAUGGAAGUGUCUCAUCCUGGUUACGCGCCCGACUAUGGCGCGCCGGCCCCCGUUCCAUCACUGAUGGACCCGGGGAUCCAGGACCGGACCCUCAAGGAACGAAAAGAAUCCUUCUCACAGGCGAGUCUGAAGUUGAAACGGUCCAUGUCCACGCCUAAUGUCAGACCGCGACAGGCCAACGCUUCCGAUCCAAACCAGUCUGGCCUACCUGGCGACAAGAAGAGAAACAAGCUGGGCUACCACCGAACUUCGGUAGCUUGUGGACACUGUCGUCGACGGAAGAUCCGCUGCAUAGCAUCGCCCGCAUUUGGCGAGAGUCGGUGCAUCAACUGCAUCAGGCUGAAGAAGGAGUGCAGCUUCUUCCCCGUGGAUCAGCCGCCGCUGCCGCAGACGACCGAUCCGCGCCAUAGAGCGCCAUCGCGGACUCCGGCUGGGUCCAAGGUCACUUCUGCGUCAUCUUCCCCUGCCAUGGUCGCUGGGCAGUCCCCUGACGUAGCACAACGCCACCACUUCCAUCCCGAUGCCGGGAGUCCCGCUUCAGGUAUGGCGCCGCCUCCUGUACAGCUAUCCGCCUUUGAUAAUCUCGGCCCUGAGGCUACGAUGUCCUCGGGGGUGACGGCCUCGGCUUCCCGUGUCUUUGGUUUUUCGAACCAGUCAGUAGCUUGGAUGUCUCCAGAAGUCAGUCCCAGCUCCACAACACAGCCAAACGAACGCACCGAACCAUGGAAGUCUCACACUGAACAGUCUCCAACCACACCGUCCUUUUCGCCGUACACGUCCCAACCUCCUCCGUUGGCCAACUGGGGAAACCCGGACCCCAACGGGCCUGGCGAUAUGGGAUACUCGUCGUUUGCUCCGGGGAGCUCCAUGACCUACCCAAGAGGCACGCCCCUACCGCCCCAAAAUCUCAUGAUGACGCAGCAGAACCGGCAACUCGGGAGGAAGUCGUCGGCAAUGUCAGAGGACAUAUACCCAACGCAUAUAGCCACGCAGUUCCCGAACAUGGAACCACACAACGCUUCGCUCUCCGCAGGAGCGAUUCCGUCUUCUGGUUACAGCUCCUGGGUCCCACCACCCUUCCCAUAUGCCACACCGCACGAGGGCUACGAGGGAUGGACUUACGAGGAGAGCGAAGGACACUAGUGGACGCCAAUUGCGGACGGUCAUUGCAUAUUGACCGCCAAACUAUUGCAAUUUGGAACAUACCCCAGAUCCGCGUU